UCCGCCAGCGCCCCGACAGCGCCGCUACAGCGCCUCCUACAGCGCUCCCGCGCCUCGAUGCCUGCACUGCCUGCGCUGCGCUCCCCGCUGUGUCUCCGCUGCGCCGUCGCCGCGCGCCCGCUGCCGCCCCAGCGCCUGCUCGCGCGCGUCCAGGUCGCCCACCGCUCCACGUCCACGCCCAAGAGCCAGGGCAAGGGCAAGAGCAAUGAUACGCGGAGCCGCAAUCUCGUCACCAACCCGCUGACUGUCCGCCGCAAGGCCCCGCCCACGCCCUCCACCGGCCGCCUCCACGACUCGGUCCAGAAUGCGCUCGAGAAGCUGCGCGCCGAGUUCUCCGAGCCCGACUACCUCCACAACCUGCAGCUCAACCGCGAGCAGUUCGCCGACGAAUGGAAGCGCUUCGAGGCCGCCAUCGCCGCCUGGGUGAAGCAGUCCGGCCGCGAGCUGGUCGACCUGGUCCAGCAGGCCAGCAGAGGCAAAGACACCCUGCAGACGCGCCUGCGCUACCUCUUCUAUGCCCAGACCUGCGGCGGCCGCUUCACCAAGGCCGAGCUGGAGAACCAGAAGCAGGUCGCGGAUCUGCGCUAUCCCGCCGAGUGGUAUCCCGCCACCCGUGAGGUCCCGCGCGUCGUCCACAUGCACGUCGGGCCCACCAACUCGGGCAAGACCUACCACGCCCUGCAGCGCCUCGAGGCCGCCAAGUCCGGCAUCUACCUCGGGCCCCUGCGUCUGCUCGCCCACGAGGUCUAUACCCGCCUGAACGCAAAGGGCCGCUCGUGCGCCCUGGUCACCGGCGAGGAGCAGCGCGUGCCCGACGGCGACGCCCCGCCCAUGUACAGCUGCACCGUCGAGAUGGCCCCGCUCAACACCAAGUUCGACGUCGCCGUCAUCGACGAGAUCCAGAUGAUCAGCCACCCCGAGCGCGGCUGGGCCUGGACCCAGGCCUUCCUGGGGCUGCAGGCCCGCGAGAUCCAUCUGUGUGGCGAAGCGCGCACCGUCGACAUCAUGCGCGAGUUGUGUGCUCUUGUGGGCGAUGAGGUCCACGUCCACGAGUACGAGCGUCUGACCCCGCUCAAAGUCCAGUCGCGCAGCUUGUACGGCAAGCUGCAGAAUCUGGAAAAGGGCGAUUGUGUCGUGGCCUUCACCGUAGUCGGCAUCCACGCACUGCGACGCGAGAUUGAGUCAAACACCGGCCGGAAAUGCGCCAUCGUCUACGGUAGCCUGCCGCCCGAGACGAGAGCCCAGCAGGCGAGGCUGUUCAACGACCCCGACAACGACUACGACUAUCUCGUCGCCAGUGAUGCCAUCGGCAUGGGCCUGAAUCUGGCCAUCAAGCGCGUCGUCUUCGAGUCCACCUGGAAGAGCAACGGCAUCACCCACGUCCCGCUGGAGAUUUCCGAAAUCAAGCAGAUCGCCGGCCGCGCCGGCCGCUACAAAACCGCCGCCGACGCCGUAAACGACGCGGACAAGACUGCCACUGACAAGCCCGCAAAGGAGGAAAAAACAAUCGGCUGGUGCACCACCCUCGACCAGCUCGACCUCCCCGCCCUCCAGGCCGGCAUGCUCUCCGAGCCCACCCCCAUCACCACCGCCGGCCUCUUCCCGCCCUCGCUCAUCGUCGAGCGCUUCGCAAACUACUUCCCGCCGGGCACGCCCUUCAGCUACAUUCUCCUCCGCCUGCACGAGAUCUCCGAGACGCACCCGCGCUUCCGCCUGUGCGGCCUGAAAGAACAACUCGCCAUCGCCGACGCCCUGGUCAGCAUCAAAAACCUGUCCAUCCAGGACCGCAUCGUCAUCACCUCGGCGCCCUGCAACGUGCGCGACCGCGCGCAGCUCGCCUUCCUGCACACCCUCGCGUCCUGCAUCGCCACGGGCUCCUCGGGCGCCCUGCUCGACCUCGACACCCUGCCGCUCGCCGUCAUGGACGCGCCGCCCCAGGGCACCCGGGAGUACCUGUACUCGCUCGAGCAGCUGCACAAGAUGCUCGUCCUGUAUCUGUGGCUCAGCUACCGCUUCCCGAAUGUCUUCACCACAAGACCGACCGCCGAGUAUGCGAAGAAGCUGCUCGAGGACCAGAUCGAGAGCACGCUGCUCGAGUUCUCGCAUACCGAGAUCCGGCGGAAACAAAUUGCUAAGCGGGAGAAGGCGCGCAUGGAGAGGGCGGAGCAGCGGGGGCGUCGGAGUGAGGGAGCAGGAUCGGCGGGUGGGAGUGAGCACCCAUCAGCAUCCCCAGACGAGCCCGAGACCAACACACAACCCGCCACCAUGCCCCCGCCCCCAGGCCUCCCCGCCGAAGCAGCAGCUAUCCUGAACGACACAACCCCGUUCCGAGACCCCGCGGCCGCGUUCCCGGAGCAAGCGCUGGAUGAUGUGGAUGCCAAUGCGCUGGGCGCCGUGGCUGAGGAGCGCGGGGACGGCGGGCGGCGUGCGGCGUUGUGAUUGCGUGCUUGGAUCGUGCGAGCGCGAGGCGAGUUGGACACUAGAAAGAGUGUAUGAGUAUGGGUAUGGGUAUGGGUACGAUUAUGGGUAUGACUGAUUGAAAGUAUGAGGUUGACUACGAGUAAGAGUACGAGCAAGAGUAGGAAAAGUAUGAACAAGAGCAUGACGAGUGUGUACGAUACUAGAUGCUAGAUACUGGAUAUUGGAUACUAGAUACUAGAUACUACAGAUUAGCAGCACGAUACUAGAAUUAGCAGUAAGACACUACAAACAGGAGCAAGAUACCACCAUUAGCAGCGAAGUACCACAAUCAGCAGCAAGAUACUACAAUCAGCAGCUAAAUACUACAAUCAGCAGCUAAAUACUACAAUCAGCAGCUAAAUACUACAAUUAGCA